CACUGUGCUUUGGGAGAACAUCAUGAGGAGAAUGCUGGUGGAUUUCAGGACGAAGAGGAGACAUUGCCCCUUUCAAACUACACAAAAGACAGGCAUUGAGGCGCCUCAUCUCUCAUCAUCAUACAAGCGCUUCAAGAGGCGGAUGGUGCGCAGGCGGCUGAGCGCGGAGCAGCCUUUAGCUAGUAGCCCCGUGGCCUCCAGGGGGCGCCGUUCGCCCUACCGGGAGUUUGACACGGUCUGUCAGAGACUGUCUCUGGAUUCACCGUCAGGGGGCGCAGCGAGAACAAAACUGACACAAGAGCAGAGCACAGAGACAAGUCUUCAAGACACAGUGGUGGAGGCCGGAGUGUCACACAGUAAUGUCUUCAGACCGAUCACAGCAUCAACCACUUACAGGAGGAAUGUGCCUAAACAGGACUGGGUGUGGUCUGCUUCCAGAGAACAGGAGAGAUGCUCAGAGAAGGCAGCCAUUCUCUGUCCUAUAUAGGGCUCCCUCUACUCCAGACCUGUCUCCAGACCAGUCGAAACCACAGCUGACUCUGGCGCUGCCCUCACUGCAGGACGACUACUAUAGCCACCUGUUGGACUGGAGUAACAGUGGUAUGGUGGCCCUAGCCCUGGGGUCGGAUGUGUUCCUGUGGAAGGCAGACACACACACUCUGCAGGGCUGCAUCCACCCGUCUCUCCCGCUGAGCCUGUCUCACUCUGUCUCGUCUGUGUCCUGGAGCAGAGAUGGAUGUACACUGGGCAUCGGGACCAAGGAAGGGGGCGUACAGUUGUGGAAUGUGGAGAAGAGGACCAGACUGAGAACUAUAACGUCACACCUCUCUGGAGUGGGGGCGCUUAGCUGGAACCAACACGUACUCAGCAGCGGUUCUGUUCUCGGGCUAAUCCAUCACCAUGACUACCGACUUGAAACCCCGACAGUGGGUGUGUUCCACCAACAAGGGGGCGUGUGUGGGCUGGAGUGGGCGCCGCAAGGAGAUUGGCUGGCCAGUGGCUCAACAGACGGCCUCCUCAACAUCUGGACCAAUGACCUGGGGUCUAAGACGAAGACACACCCACCUGCCAAGACAAUGACACAACCCAGUGCGGUCAAGGCUAUGGCAUGGUGUCCUUGGCAGAAGGAGCUGAUCGCCACGGGAGGGGGGCAGAGCGACGGAGUUCUGAGGAUCUGGAAUAACCAAUCAGGGACCUGCGUUGACUCCGCCCAGACCAACUCACAGGUGUGUUCGGUGGUCUGGUCAGAGGAGAGGAAGGCUCUGUUCACUGGCCAUGGUCUUCCUCAUCACCACAUUACCUGCUGGAGCCCCUCACCUUCACUGGAACAGGCCUACCAGCUACAUGGUCACAUGGGUCGUGUUUUGCACCUGGCCGUCAGUCCCAGUGGAACCAAGCUCCUCUCAGCUGGAGCAAACUGUCUGGGCCAUGUCUGGAACACCUAGAACACAUAACACCUAGAACACAGAACACCUAGAACACAGAACACCUAGAACACCUAGAGCAAAGAACACUAAGAACACCUAGAACACAUAAUACCUAGAACACCUAGAACACAGAAGACCUAGAACACCUAGAACACAGAAUACCUAGAACACCUAGAACACAGAACACCAGGAACACCUAGAACAUAUAACACCAAGAACACAGAACAGCUAGAACACAUUAUACCUAGAACACCUAGAACACAUUACACCUAGAACACAUAAUACCUAGUACACAGAACACCAAGAACACCUAGAACACAGAAUACCUAGAACACCUAGAACACAUUAUACCUAGAACACCUAGA